ACGAGUUCCACGCUGUUUUGGUGGGGGUGCCAACCGCCAGGCCGAGUCGUCGUCCACCUCUCGUCGACAAGGAAAACGAGGCAGAAAAGUCCCCUCCCCCCUGCUCGCCGCGGUUCGUCCACCCCUCCUCCCCGUCGCCCGAUUUCACAUGGCUCAGCAUCUCCACGGCCAAUCCGACCUCACCGACGGCGAGUGCCUCCGCUUCUCCCUUUCCAAUUCCAGCUCCAGCUCUUCCUCCCUGUUCCUCCUCGCCGCCCCCGCCGACGACGGCUCGCUCUGUAGGGCCCGCCGCUGACCGCUCCUUCGCCCGCGCCUGAUCUCCGCGGCCGGCUCUUUGGACUCUUCACUUCUUGCGCUGCCCGGCCGUCGUCAUGGGCAAGAGUAAGAGGAACAAGGGAGGCCGAGGUGGUGGUGGUGGUGGUGGUGAUGACCAGCUUGAAGGCGGUAGCGAUGCCGAUAGCGUGGCAUCGAUGUCGACUGCGCUGUCUGACCUUCAGGUCGCUCAGGCCACCGAGCAUGUCAGCUCGCAGGAAUUCGUUCUUGACAAGUACAUCGAUGACCUCUACGAGAAGAGGGGAUCCACCAGAGAGAAAGCACUGGGCGCUCUUGUUGAUGCUUUUGAAAGUUUUAUGCUUCUUGGUUUAGUGGAAAACAAAUAUGUCACACUAUUGAGCCAGUUCACCAAUUCAAUUAAAAAGGGAUCUGCAAAGGAGGUGUGUCUUGCUUGUCGUGCCAUUGGCUUACUGGCAAUUACACUAGGUGCUGGAAGUAGUUCGCACGAAAUAAUGGAUGAGUCACAUCCGCAGCUUUUGAGAAUCCUACAAACUUGGCCCGAUGCACCAAAGAUGAUCUCUGCACUUGAUUGCCUAGCUGUUGUAACAUUUGUCAGUGCAAAUGAUCUUGCUGAAACCCAGCUAUCUUUGAAAGCCAUCUGGGAUGUGAUCCAUCCAAAAUCAGGAUCAAAGGUUGGCAUUGUCAGAAAACCAAACCCUCCUUUAUUAGCAGCUGCUGUAUCUGCAUGGGCAUUUCUUUUAACAACUGUUGGUUCAUCUAGGAGAAAUUCUGAUUCUUGGAAAGAGCCAAUUACAUUUCUCUCUAGUCUUCUAGAAGCAGAGGAUCGUGCUGUGCGGAUUGCUGCUGGUGAAGCAUUAGCUCUGUGUUUUGAGCUAAAGCUGCUUGAUGUUUCCUCUAGUGAAGAAGCUGAUGUUGACAGUGACACCAGAGAGACCAGUGGUUCUAAGAACCAACUUUUCUUGAAUAUGCAAGCAUUGAAGGCCAAAAUAUCUGGUCUAGUCUGUAAUCUCUCUAUGGAGGCUGGGGGCAGAGGUGCUGACAAGAAAAAUCUUAAUGAUCAGAGAGACUUGUUCCAACGAAUCUCAGAUUUUAUUAAGAGUGGUGAGUGCCCUGAAGAAUCACUUAGGAUUUCAGGCAAGAAUGGCAUUUUAAGAGUUACAUCAUGGCGUGAAUCAAUACAGUUGAACUAUUUGAGGCGGUUUCUUGGACGAGGAUUCCUGAAGCAUGCACAGGACAAUGAUUUGCUGCAUGAUAUCUUUGAUAUCAAAAUUGAUCAGGUUAAAAAUAUGUCAACCACCAAAAAGAAAAUCUUUAGAUCUGAAGAAGAGAAAGGAAGAGCUCUAAAGUUGAAUAAAGAACGUCGUCUUGCCCAGGAGAGGAAGCAAAACAUCUUGAACGAGCAAUACGGAUAGAACCUUCCUGCUGCCUGGAGUUUUGUAUAGUCGAACUAUUUACCAGAUUGUUGAGUGUUGUGUAUAUGCCGGUACUGAUGCAUUGAGUGAGUGUAUUGCCCGGUAUUGAUAGGCAUUACAAUACGAUUUCAUACUGAGAAACACUUGUAUAGCGUCAUGUUUGAAAUGGUUUGCCCAAAACAGUCAGUAUAGAAAGGAUCGUGUGCCCUGUCAAAUACUUCCCUUGCACGUGGAAAGGAGGUUGUUCAGUUUCAAGUCAGAAUCACAAUUCUACAAUUCAGCUCGGUUCAAGGUUGAUCGUGUAGUGUGGAAUUUGUUGUUUGUCAGUAACAUAGAGGUCUUCACUCUCCAAGAGUCGUUUGUGAAUAAUUCAGUCAUUUAUGAACUCCACGCAAAAGGUUCUUUCAGCAA